GUACGGACACGUGUUGCGUGACGUGGAAUGUUGCCUUGGCGCUCCUCCUCUUUCUUCUCCCUCCCUUUCUCCCUUUCUCUCUCUCUUCUUUCCUUCUGUUUCUUUCUCUCUCUACUAUCUCUGCUCACGCCACACGCCCUUUCUCUUUUCUUUUCUCCUCCUCUCUCUUUUUCAACUUCCUUUUACUCAGAGAAAACAUACACAUUGAAUGCUCAUACACUCAUACUUUUCACUCCUAAAAACUCCCCCUUUCUCUUUUCCUAGUCUCUUCUAUACUGUUAAGGGUUUGCUUUUCUGCUGCUAGUUUGCAUAACACUCUUGAUCAGUGACUACAAAAGGAAAAUUACGGUUGCAACUCUAUUUUAGUACAACAUCUAGUUGGUUCCUAAUACAUGGGAAACAGUGAGGAUGGGAAAUCCUGUAAGCUUGAGAAACCCUCUUCCCCUGCACCGGACCAGAGCAAUCUCCAUGUCUAUCCUGAUUGGGCGGCCAUGCAGGCAUAUUAUGGUCCUCGAGUAGCUGUACCUGCAUAUUUCAAUUCAGCUGUUGCACCUGGUCAUACCCCCCAUCCUUAUAUGUGGGGGCCACAGCCUAUGAUACCACCUUAUGGCACCCCUUAUGCAGCACUAUAUGCUCAUGGUGGGGUUUAUGCGCAUCCUGGAGUCCCAAUUGGAUCUCAUCCUCCUAGUCAUGGUAUGGCAACAUCUCCUGCUGUCAGCCAGGCCAUGGAUGGUGCUUCUUUGAGUUUAGAUGCUUCUGCUAAGUCCUCAGGGAAUUCUGAGCGAGGCUUGAUGAAAAAGCUGAAGGAAUUUGAGGGUCUGGCAAUGUCGCUAGGAAAUGGCAGUGCUGACAAUGUUGAGGGUGGAACGGACAACGGACAUUCACAGAGUGGGGAAACUGAAGGUUCAACUGAUGGAAGCAACACAAAUGGAGUUGGGGUCAGUGAGAGAAGUAAGAAAAGGAGCUGUGAGACAACUCCUGAUAACUCUGGUGAUGAUAAGAGUCACUCACGAAGAUGUCAACCUAGUGGCGAAGUAAGUAAUGAUGCUGAGAAGGCAAUUGUCGCUGUUAGUCCUGGUAAGGUUGCAGAGAAAGUGACGGGAACAGUACUUUCUCCUAGCAUGACAACUUUGGAAAUGAGAAAUCCUGCCAGUGCACAUAUGAAAGCUGGCCCAACUAAUGGUUCACCACUCAGCCCUGCACUGCCAAAUGAAGCCUGGUUACAGAAUGAGCGUGAGUUAAAGCGGGAGAAAAGGAAACAGUCUAAUCGGGAAUCUGCAAGGCGAUCAAGAUUGAGAAAACAGGCUGAAGCUGAAGAAUUGGCAGUGCGAGUUCAGUCUUUAACAGCAGAAAACAUGACACUCAAAUCCGAGAUUAACAAAUUAAUUGAGAACUCAGAGAAACUGAAGCUAGACAAUGCUGCUUUAAUGGAGAGACUGAAAAAUGAACAGCUAGGACAGACAGAAGAAGUGAGUUUAGGUAGGAUUGAUGAUAAGAGGCUGCAACCUGUUGGAACAGUAAACCUGCUAGCAAGAGUCAACAAUUCUGGUUCCUCCGAUAGAACAAAUGAGGAGGGUGAAGUUUAUGAGAACAACAGCUCUGGAGCAAAACUUCAUCAGCUACUUGAUACCAACCCUAGAACUGAUGCAGUGGCAGCUGGGUGAUCGAUGGUACACCCCUUACGUUGAGAUCUUAAUAUAUAGUCUGAUAUGUGUAAUUUUGGCGUAAUUAUAAGUCCAAAAUUACUGCUAACUACGGAAGAGGAACAGAAUGGAACAGCUGAUAGGAUUGUGGAAUUUACAGGAUUUCUAAUUUUACCUAAUUGUAGUUUACAGGUCCAGAGAACCAAUGUGUGUGCUCUUUUAAUUUCCUUUCUUUUACUCUUUUUCACUUCCGAGGUGGAUGGUGGCUAUAACAACGUAUGUAAAUUUUAAUCUUCGACAUACUAAAGACUUGAUUGUGGAAAUGCUAUGGAACCUAAAUGUUUUGGUUUGGAUGAUGAAAAUGAGCUUGAUAAUUGAUAAA